AACUACAAUGAGCUAUCACUGUAGUCACUAAAAUGAAAAUGAUGGACAACAUCAAAUGUUGGUGAGGCUAUAGACCUUAAGAAUUAGAAAGCGGCUGGGAUAGCAAAGGUGACUGGCCGCGUUACCGACUGACCAAGUGACCGGGUGAUUUAGUGAGUAACUUCUUUAAGUAAGGAAACUCAGUAAAUUACAUCUGGUAAAUUACAUUUACCAAAAGCUGACAACUUUUCAGAAGCAGCGCUCUUAGUUUAAGGAAAGUGCAGUUGGAGGCGGCGGGGGGCAGAGGCAGCCAGCCUCAGAACGAAUUGCCCUAGGGUCGCGGAGAGGCGGGCCUGGGAAAGAAAGGUUGAGGAAGCCGGGGAACCUAGGCUGCCGGGACACCCAAGAGCCUCCAGAGGCUCUGGUGGAUCGGAGUCUGCGCACUCCGCCGGGAGCGUGCCUUUGGCUCGUCCAAUCAGAGCGGCGGAUCCAGCCGCUUCUCUGUCGCCUUGGCAACGGGACGCACAAGCACGCGCGGCGAGCUGUGGCGGUUUGGAUCUGGCCCGUGGGGAAUCGCGUUAUGUCGCGACCCAAGAACCAAAAUUACAAGGGCCAUGGAUUGUCAAAGGGAAAAGAGCGAGAGCAGAGAGCGUCAAUCCGGUUCAAGACCACCCUCAUGAACACACUCAUGGACGUCCUUCGCCACAGGCCAGGAUGGGUGGAAGUGAAGGACGAAGGAGAAUGGGAUUUCUACUGGUGCGACGUCAGCUGGCUCCGGGAGAACUUCGACCACACCUACAUGGACGAACACGUGCGGAUCAGUCACUUCCGGAACCACUACGAGCUGACCCGGAAGAACUAUAUGGUAAAGAACCUGAAGCGGUUCCGGAAGCAGCUGGAGCGCGAAGCGGGAAAGCUGGAGGCAGCCAAGUGCGACUUCUUUCCCAAAACCUUUGAGAUGCCUUGCGAGUACCAUCUUUUUGUGGAGGAGUUUCGCAAAAACCCAGGAAUCACCUGGAUCAUGAAGCCUGUAGCCCGGUCACAGGGGAAAGGCAUCUUCCUCUUCCGCAGGCUGAAGGACAUCAUGGACUGGAGGAAGGACACAAGAAGCUCUGAUGACCAGAAAGAUGAUAUUCCUGUGGAGAACUAUGUGGCUCAGCGUUACAUUGAAAAUCCCUACCUGAUAGGAGGCCGCAAGUUUGACCUGCGUGUCUAUGUGCUGGUGAUGUCGUACAUCCCGCUGCGGGCCUGGCUCUACCGGGAUGGCUUUGCCCGAUUCUCCAACACCCGCUUCACGCUGAACAGCAUUGAUGACCAGUAUGUUCACCUCACCAACGUCGCUGUGCAAAAAACAUCUCCCGACUACCACCCAAAGAAGGGCUGCAAGUGGAUGCUGCAGCGCUUCCGGCAGUACCUGGCAUCCAAACACGGGCCCGAGGUGGUGGAGACGCUCUUCAGGGACAUCGACAACAUCUUUGUCAAAAGCCUGCAGAGUGUGCAGAAGGUGAUCAUCAGUGACAAGCACUGCUUCGAGCUGUACGGCUACGACAUCCUCAUCGACCAGGACCUCAAGCCGUGGCUCCUGGAGGUCAAUGCGUCCCCGUCACUGACAGCCAGCAGCCAGGAAGACUAUGAGCUCAAGACCUGCCUUCUGGAAGACACCCUGCAUGUCGUGGACAUGGAAGGAAGGCUCACGGGAAGGGAGAAGCGAGUCGGGGGCUUUGACCUCAUGUGGAAUGAUGGCCCUGUUAGCAGAGAGGAGGGGGUUCCUGACCUGUCGGGAAUGGGAAACUUUGUGACCAACACACACCUCGGUAUGUAGGGCCAGGUGGAGUGGGCACAAGGGAUGGGUCAUGGGAGGUACCAGGUAGUCUAGGAGGCAGGUUGGGAUAGUGGUUAGAUUGUUUGAAUUCAAUCUGCAACUUACCAGCUGUGUGACCUUGGGCAAGGGACUUAACCUCUGUUCCUCAUUUUUAAAUUUGGUUUCUAAAAAGUGAAAACUUCCCCUGAUUAUAAAAAAAGGAUUCACACUCAUUGUAGAAUAUUUGAAAACUAAAGAAAGAAAUAAAAAAACAUCCAGACAUAACCAUCUUUAACAAUCUGGUGUAUUUCCUUCCAGUUCUUAAAAAAUGCAUAUAUUCAUACUUUUUCUUUUACAAAAUUGGCAUUGGGCUAGAGUUUCGAAUCCCACUUUUCCCCAUGGCAUUUUCCAUUCAAGUAUAUUAAGAGCCUCCCUCUUGAAUGUACUUUUUGGUCCAGUCUGGAUGAAAUCUUUUACAUACAUUAUCGCAUUUAAUCUUUAAGCAGUUUUUAUUGUCAUUUUACAGAUGAGGAAAUGAUAUCCAGGUGCUAUGUAACUUGCUGAAUGAAGGUUUUGGUCAUAAGUGGUGAGCCAGGACUCAAACUCCCAUCUGCCUGGCUCCAAAACCUGAGUGCUUGACCGUUAGACUUUCCUGCCUCUUGGCACAGUUUAAAAAAAUUACCGUAUGGCUGCAAAAUAUUUCAGUUUGUACAUAUGCCGACAUUUACUAAACCAAUUUCUUAUAAUUGGACAUUUGGCACAAUUGCAUUUUAUAUUUUUUAACUUUUAUAAAUAAUACCCUGAUGAACACCCUUUCACAUUAAGCUCGGCUGAAAUUCUGGCCAUUUCCUGAGGACAGAUUCCUAGAAGCAGAAUUAUUGGGCCAAAGGGAUGGGAUUAUUACAACCAAAUUGCUUUCCAGAAAGAUUAUACGAAUUUGCCAGAUUUGAAUUUUUAGGAAAAAAAAAAAUCUGUGCCAACUGGCGAGGUAAAACAUACUGACUCAUUGUUGUUUUAUGUGCAUUCCAUUGAUUACUGGUGAGGUUUCCGUUUUGUAAAUUUGCACUUCUUCUUUUGUAAGCUGUCUAUACUCUUUAUCCAUUUUUCUAGGGGUUGUUUAGUUUUCUAAAUGUGUAAGGCUUUGGAUGACUAUAUAACCCUGUCCAAGCUUAAUUUAAUACGCAUAUAAUCACGUGGAAAUGUUGUUAAACUGUAGAUUGUGACUCCAUAGGUCUAGCGUGGGGCCUAAGAUUGUAUUUCUAACAAGCUCCUGGGUAAUGCUCCAUGGAUUAACCAUUGCUGUAUAACAAGCCCUCCCAAAACCUAGCAGCUUAAAGCAACUGUUUUAUUUGCUCAUGCUUCCUCAGGUCCCUCCUGGGGUCACUCAUAGGGCUGCAGGCACCUGGCAGAUUUCCUGAGGCUUGAUAGCUACGACAGCCUCAUUCAUAGGUGUGGGGGUUGAUACUGGCUGUCAGUUGGGCCUCUCUUUCCAUGUGGCCACUCGUCUUCCAAUAGUCUGGCCCUGGCUUCUUCAUGUGGUAGACUCGGGGUUCCAAGAGGGUGAGAAAAGACACUGCAAAGGCUUUUGUGGCCCAGACUCAGAAGUCCCAUAAAGUCAUUCUGCUACAAUCAAAGCAUGUGUUAGUCUAACCCAGUCACUGGGUAAGAAAAGAGACCCCACCUCGCCAGGCGCAGUGGCUCAUGCCUGUAAUCCCAACACUUUGGGAGGCCGAGGCGGGCAUAUCAUGAGGUCAGGAGAUCGAAACCAUCCUGGCUAACACAGUGAAACACCGUCUCUACUAAAAAAUACAAAAAAAAUUAGCCGGGCGUGGUGGCGGGUGCCUGUAGUCCCAGCUACUCGGGAGGCUGAGCAGGAGAAUGACGUGAACCCAGGAGGCAGAGCUUGCAGUUAGCCGAGAUCGCGCCACUGCACUCCAGCCUGGGCGACACAGCGAGGCUCUGUCUCA